AUGUCUGGUUCCUCCAGUGUCACCGCUAUGAAGAAGGUGAUUCAACAGCUCCAGCUGGAGGCUGGGCCCAACCACGUGAAGGUUUCCCAGGCAGCUACAGAUUUGAAACAAUUCUGUCUGCAGAAUGCUCAACAUGACCCCCUGCUGACUGGAGUAUCUUCAAGUAUCAACCCCUUCAGACCCCAGAAAGUCUGUUCCUUUUUGUAGCGAAAUGAAUCUUUGAAGGUGUUCUAAACCACUUUUCAUGAACCAGUGAAUAUUCAAAGAGAGCUAAAUUUGAAGCUUGUACAAAAAGCUUAUCCCUAUAACACGUGCCACACUAUACAAACUUCUGCUUUGUCAGUCCUUAACAUCUACCUCUCUGAAUUUUCAUGAAUUUCUAUUUCACAAGGAUGAUUAUUUUAUACACACUGAGAGCAGCAUUCAA